AUGACCAUCAUUGUGUUCUUGGUCGACACCUCGGCCUCCAUGAAUCAGCGAGCCUUUGUCAACGGUCGGUCCACCUUAUUGGAUGCGGCCAAGGGUGCCGUCGAGUUCUUCGUGAAGAUGCGUCAGAAAUCGGCGGAAAGUCGCGGCGAUCGCUACAUGCUCCUCACUUUCGAGGAGUCGCCGCGCAACAUUAAAGCCGGUUGGAAAGAGAAUCUGCAGACGUUCAUGACCGAGCUUAAGAACCUGCAAGCCACGGGCAUGACCACCUUGGGCUCGGCCUUGAAACAGGUCUUUGAUACGCUCAAUAUCAACCGAAUGCAAACCGGGAUCGACAUGUAUGGACAGGGUCGAUAUCCGUUCUAUUUAGAGCCCGCCGUGAUCGUGGUCAUCACGGACGGGGGCAAGCUCACCACGCAGGGGGCGGUCCAAUCCGAGUUGAAUUUGCCCAUGCACAGUUCGGUGUCGGGCUCGGAACUGACUCGAGAACCUUUUCGCUGGGACCAGCGGUUGUAUGCGUUAGUGUUGCGCAUGGCGGGCACGCCUCCCAUGAGCCAAGAUGCGGGCGGACACGUGGCCAGUGAUCACAGUCCCAUUGACGCCAUGUGCGAGGUCACUGGAGGGCGUUCCUACGCCGUCACAUCUCAGCGGGUCCUUCACCAAUGCAUUGACAGUCUAGUUCAAAAGCUCCAAUCGGGCGUGGUCAUUCACUUCGAAAAGUACGGCCCGGACCCGCCCCCCGUGGUCAUGGACAAAGACGAAGAAGGCGAGGCCAACGCCUUAGCCAGAGCCGACACGGUGCCUUUGGAGGACCUGGAGAUCCUGGGAUCCGCCAAAGGUGGGCUGAACUUCAAGGAAACCGGCAGCAACUCGUCUCGUCCGCACACGCCCAACCCCAUCUUGGGACCGAGUAAUACCACGUGGCAUAGCUGUCGGCGGUUGAUUUAUGUGACUCGAUCCGCCCAAAAGGGCUUUGCUGUGGGGUUUUGGCCUCUACCCGAGGCCUUUUGGCCGGAUGUCAACGCCCCCUCGCUGCCCCAAAGAUCAGCUCACCCCAAGGUGAACUUCACUUGCACCAAUCAGGAGCCCAUGAUCAUUGACAACCUUCCCUUCGAUAAAUACGAGCUCGAGCCCUCGCCAUUGACCUUGUAUAUCCUAGCUCGGAAACAGCCCAAAGUCUGUUGGCAGGUGUUCAUUCAAGGCAGCUCGAAAUCCGCCGAUCCCGGACAUCCUUUUGGCUACUUGAAGGCCAGCACGAAUCUGCUGACUGUGAACCUGUUUGUACUGCCUUACAACUAUCCGGUUCUGCUUCCAUUGUUGGAUGAGUUGUUCAAAGCUCAUCGGCUCAAACCCACCACCAGUUGGCGCAAUCACUUUGAGAACUAUCUCCGAACCAUGCCCACCUACUUUGCCGGGCCUCUGAGGCGUGCUUUGACGCGCAUGGGGGCGGGCAAUCUGGCUUCAUCUCUCAUUCCCGAGGCCAUGGAUAAUUGUCUGAGCUACGCCGUGCUCAAUUACCUGAAACGCCUCAAGAAUCAGGCCAAGAUGGAGUAUGAGAAGACGCUGAAUGCCGCGCCCAUUUGCAAGCAAAGACUGGGUCCCGAUGGGAUCAAGGUGAUUCCGAGGAGUGCUUUCAAAAAGGAACUGCUCAGCACUCAUCUGUUCAAGGACAAGUUCUCGGGGCUCAAGGAUCAGUUGACUGAUUUCCCGGGUUUCGUGCUCGGGAUCAAGGAUUCGUCCACCAAAACCAAUCGGCUGCGGAACCCUUUCGAUGUGCCACGUCAUAGUCUCCUCGAUCAGCUGGUUCGAAUGCGAUCGAAUUAUUUGCAACCCACCCUGUCGUCAAUCAAACUCUUGGACGAUGACAUUACCCAUUCCUUGGCCAUUGGACAGAUGGGCAAUUACCAGGAUUACCUCAAAAAAAUGCCCAUGCCUCUACGAGAGAUCGAAAGUCAACCCGUCAGACAACAUAUGUUUGGUAAUCCUUUCAAAUUCAACAAGUCCAUGAUCUUGGAUGAGGUCAUGGAUGAAAUGGCCCCCGGAAUGCCCGGUGGAGGUGGGCCCUCUCAACCGGGCAAUGAGCGAACUGGGGGCGGUUACUCGCCCAAAGGAAACAAACGGCAAGCACAAGAAUCCCUGAGUCUCGGAUUCUCUGGACCCAUGGGCGCCAAAAGGAGUAAAAAAGGUCCUUUGCCCAAGGAUUAUGUGUACCGAAAAACGCCUCCGAGCACGCCCACUCGAGAGCCUUCCCCGUCCCCGCCGCCGCCCUCUUCUCAAACCCAGUCUUAUCGGCCGCCCAGUUGUCCCACGUAUUCAAUCAGCCAAGAGGAUCGCGACAAAGAGGAAUCCUUAAGCGGCUCCCUACCGCCUCAAGUCACGCCUUUGCUCACCCCACCCUCCAGUCCUGCUCGCCUAGUCGCAGAGCCUCCUACUGCCAAUAAUAUCCAACCCAUCGAAGAGGAGGACAAAGACAAAGACUCGAUUCACCUUCGGAAUGGGGACCAUCUCCCCCAAUCCCCGGCAUUAGUCAACGGAGUAAAUAGUGACACUCCGCCCAACCCCGAUCUCAUGGGAGUGUCCAUAGCCCAUUCGGAGAGUGAUAGCGACGACGAGAAACCUUUAGUGAUCGAUCCCGAGCCUCAAGAAGAGGACCCACCCGCUCCUCCAUCCAACUUAUCUUCCCCCGCCCCCGUAUCAACCACCCCACCCAUUGCACCCACGUUAGCUCGAGCCGAUUCAUUCCGACUCAAUGCUCAGCAGGAGCAGCUGAUGACCUCGGAAAUUGCGGGCAUACUCGGCACGGGCAACGGGCAUGCGGCCAAAGUGAACGGCAAGAUGACCAACGGAAGUCGGAAAGUGAGUCGGGAUUCCAGUCCAGUGACAUCCAUCAAAGACACGGAGAACGUCAUGUCCAAGGAAGAGAUUCGCAGUGUGGUGCAGAGGAAUCAGAACAUGCGGCAAAUGAUCUAUAAAGAGGUCAAGCGACCGGGCAAGAACCACGAGACCUUGUUCAGUAUGUUGAAGGACCUGCACGGUCCUCGGACGAUCAAGGAAGCUUACAUUGGAGAAGUGAUACUGGAGGCGAAGCGGUUCAAGCGGAAAACCCUGGCGGAAUUACUCGAGUCCAGGAUGGGUGAACUCACGUGACCCUGCUUUCCGUGAGGAGCUAACACGUCAGUCCAUUCAGUUGUUGCUUUUCUUUUAAUGAUACUACUUCUAAUGAUAAUAAUGAAAUUGCUAUUCUCGAAAUGUGAUCCUGAAAUGUGUCCAUCGAGACUGAAAAGUAAAAGCACUGCAUCGGUUGUGCAUACGAGA